CGCGCUUUCGCACUUAGGAGCAGUUUGUGUCUGACACCAUCUGGAGAGGAUUUACAUGGCUUUGAUGCUAAUAUGGUGGACACACAAUAACGCUUGACGGAAAAUGCGACUGAGGUCGUGGCCCUUCAGAUGGCUGGGCAUUGGGAUAGGAGUCCUCUCUUUGGUGGCCUACAGCUACUGUCAGGACAAUGGCGAUGACUGGCAAUAUGAGGAAUGCAAACUCUCGAGAACCGGCCCUCCUGCAACCAUUGUGGCAAUCGAUGAGGAAAGUCCCAAUGGGACGCUCCUGGUUGAAAAUAUGCAAAUUAACGGCCGGGCUGAAGAUCCGGGCAGGACCAUCUCCUUAUCCCUGAGGGACAAUUAUGACCACUGGGUUAUUCUGGACCCCGUGAAUCAGCAGCUAUACCUGAACAGCACCGGCCGCGUUCUCGACAGAGACCCACCUUCGUACAUCCAGUCCAUCGUGGUGCAGGUGCAGUGCACCAACGAGCUGGUGGGAACAGUCAUCCUGCACGAGGUGCGGAUCGUGGUGAGGGACCGCAACGACAAUGCCCCGCGUUUCCAGCAGCCACGCUACUACGUCGCGAUAAAUGAGCUGACACCCAUCGGAACCACCAUCUUCACCGGUUUCUCUGGCAAUAAUGGCGCCACCGACAUUGACGACGGCCCAAAUGGACAGAUUGAGUACGUCAUCCAGUACAACCCGAACGAUCCGGCGGCAAACAAAACCUUUGACAUUCCACUCACGCUGUCGGGGGCCGUGGUCCUGAGGGAGAGGCUGAACUACGAGGAGACGACACGCUAUCUGGUCAUCAUCCAAGCCAACGACCGUGCGCCGUAUCUGAACGACAGGCGGACCGCCACCACCACGCUCACGGUGGACGUCCUCGACGGGGAUGAUCUGGGACCCAUGUUUUUGCCCUGCACGCUAGUCAACAACACGCGAGACUGCAAUCCCAUCACUUACCGGGCCGUCAUCUUGGAGCUCACCGAUCCCAGUAGAGUAAACCCAGUUAACGUCACUCCCACCAUCCAAGCUGUUGAUCAAGAUCGAAACAUACAGCCCCCAUCGGAUCGACCGGGCAUUCUUUACUCCAUCCUCGUUGGCAAACCGGAGGCGUACGGGGAAUACUUUGCGCUGAACCAAACCACGGCGGAGCUGCGGCUGCUGAAGCCAAUCAGCCGGGAUCAGCAUCACAAGUUUGACUUGGUAAUCAAGGCAGAACAAGAUAAUGGACACCCCCUCCCAGCUUUUGCCAGUUUGCACAUUGAGGUUCUCGAUGAGAACAAUCAAGCUCCCUAUUUUCAAGAGGCUACUUACCAAGGGUUCAUCCUGGAGUCUGCGCCCGUGGGCACGACCAUAUCCAGCAGCGCCAAUCUCACUGCACCCCUUCGCGUCGUUGCCCUGGACAAGGACGUCGAGGAGACCAAAGACCCUACGCUGCACAUUUCGCUGGAGGAAUACGACGCAGUCUUCAUGGUAACACCGACGGGGAUAACGCGGUACCUGAAGCUGCUGUCGCCUGUGGAUCGGGAAGUUCAGCAGAACUAUACUUUUACGAUGAUUGCCUCUGAUGGAGUACAGGAAAGUGCACCGGUUAUCGUAAACAUCCUGGUGAUCGAUGCCAACGAUAACACGCCGACGUUUUCCAACGUUUCCUACAGUGUCAGUGUUUACACGGAUAUGCAGCCAGGGGAGACCGUGUUGCGGUUGACCGCUCUAGAUGCCGACGAGGGUGCCAACGGGCUAGUGACCUUCGAGAUCUUGGCUGGCGCCCAGGGAGACUUCACCAUCGAUAACCACUCAGGCCUCAUCACCGUGGCUCCUGGCGUCAACCUGACUGUGGGUCAUUCCUACGCUCUCACUGUCCGGGCAGCGGACAACGCUCCCGAGCCGCACAGGAGGAGCUCCAUUACCACGGUGUACAUUGAAGUCCUCCCACCCAACAACCAGAGUCCCCCACGUUUCCCCCAGUUCACGUACAGCUUGGAAAUCAGUGAGGCUAUGAGGAUCGGGGCUGUGCUUCUCAAUCUGCAGGCAACAGACCGUGAAAGGGACCCUAUUACAUAUAGCAUCCAGAGCGGGGAUCCUGAAACAUUCUUCAACCUCUCAGAAAGUUCAGGGCUGCUAGUCCUCGGGAGACCCCUGGACAGGGAGAGCACUGACCGCUACACCCUGGUGGUGACCGCCUCCGACGGAAAUCCGGAAGGGACCUCCACAGCUAUCGUGAAUAUCAUAGUAACCGAUGUCAAUGAUAACGACCCAGCCUUCGACCCAACUCUACCGAUCAACUUCACCGUUCAGGAGGAGGAAGCCAAUGCUUUUGUCGGCCAAGUGAAGGCCACGGAUCCAGAUGCAGGAAUUAAUGGGCAGGUGCGCUACAAGCUACUGAACCACGCCGGGUUCUUCAGGAUUAACUCCGAUGGAAGCAUUUUCACGAUGGUGCCGCUGGACCGUGAGACCCGAAGCCGGUACAUGUUGGUGGUGGAGGCCUGGGACGGUGCUCCAGACCCCCGGCGGACCACCACCAGGCUGUUUGUGGAGGUGAUAGAUGUGGACGACAACAGCCCCGUGUUCUCACAGGCUUCGUACACCGUCAGCCUCCCGGAGAACAGCCCACCGGGGACGGCAGUGCUACGGUUGAGCGCAAAGGAUGCCGACCUCCACUCCAACAUCACGUACCGCAUCCGCACCGAGGAGGCGAGGCAGCUGUUCUCCGUCGACCCGGUGACGGGGCUGCUGUCGGUGCUGCAGACGCUGGACUUCGAGGAUCUCGCCGCCCCGGAAGCCUCAUACACCUUCGUGGUGGAGGCCGCGGACACCGACGGCAACAUGCCUCCGGGCCUGGCCGCCGUCACGGUCAAAAUCACGGACAUGAACGACUAUUCCCCCGUGUUCGGCCGAGCUCUGUACCAAGGAAUGGUGGCGCCGAACGCCGUCAAGGGAACGAUCGUCGCGACCGUCCUCGCCGAAGACCGGGACCCUCCGGGCACUCCCGCAAGUCGAGUGAGAUACAAAGUGGAUUUCGACCAGUUCCCCUACAGCGGCAGCAUUUUCGAUGUUGAUGAAGACUCGGGCAAUGUGAUCACCAGGGUCAAUCUCAAUGAACAGCCCAGUACAAUAUUUACGCUGGUUGUUAUUGCAUAUGACGAUGGAGAACCUGUCAAACUCAAUAGGACCCUUGUUGAAAUAACUGUUCUUCAGCCUUCGGUAAUUCCAGUUUUCACCCAAGAGGAGUACAGGUUCUCCCCCGUGAGUGAGAACGCUCCAGUUGGUCAGGUGGUGGGAACCAUAACGGCCGCCGCCGUGAACCAGACGAUCGUCUACUCAAUUGUGGAAGGGAAUGAAGGCGGAGAGUUUGUCGUGAACAGCAGUACUGGAGUCAUCUCCACUGCCAAAAUCCUGGACUACGAGACCAACAGCAGCUACACCCUUCGCGUUCAGGCCGACUCCUUGCGGGUGGUUGAGUCCAAUCUACGCGCACCUGCAAAAACUAACACAGCCAAAGUAUUCGUUGAGGUUCAGGACGAGAACGAUCACCCGCCUGUUUUCACCAAACAGCUGUACAUUGGUGGGGUGGCAGAGGAUGCCAAGACUUUCACCUCAGUGCUGCAAGUCCAGGCCCUGGACAGGGAUACUGGGAGCUACAGCGCAGUGCAGUACCGACUGAUCAUAGAGCCCACGUCUGACGGCAAGGCUGCUUUUGUCAUCGAGCAGUACUCGGGCAUCGUUAAAACGGCCAUCAUGUACAGGAACAUGCGCAGGAUGUACUUCAAGUUUAAGGUCGUUGCAACGGACAACUACGGAGCAGGCAUGAGCAGCAGUGCAGAAGUACUGGUGUCAGUGGUCAAUCUGCUGGACAUGCAAGUGGUUGUGUUCAACGUGCCCCCUACCAUGGUGGAGCAGAGCAAGGAGCAGCUUGCCGGGAUCCUCGAGCGCUACGUGGAGGAUCAGGUCCCGGGGGCGAAGCUGCUGGUGGAGUCAAUCGGGCCGCGGCACAUCGGCGACAGCUUCGAGCAAGAGGAUUACUCCAGUUCCGAUGUGUUGGUGUACGCCAUCGACCCAACGACCAACCGUGCCAUUUCCCGACAGGAGCUUUAUGAGUUCCUGCAUGGGAAGCAGCUUGACAUCAACAAGGAGUUAUGGCCCUUCCUGGGUCAGGGCGGGCGCAUCCUGGACAUCCGCACCCCGGACAUCGUGGCCAACGUGAAGAAGGCGGCUCAGGCUGUGGGCUACACGGAGGGGGCGCUGCUGGCUCUCGCCGUUAUCAUCAUCCUCUGCUGCAUCCCGGCCAUCCUUAUCGUCAUGGUGACCUACAGACAGUUCAAAGAGCGACAAGCUGAGUGUGCCAAAACCGCAAGGAUCCAAAUGGCCCUGCCAGCGGGCAAGUCUGCAGGGGGCGCCGCCAACAAUCUCUACGAGGAGCUGGGGGACAGCACCAUAAUGUCUGUCAUUCUGUCUGUCUUCUCUCUCCUCUGCCAUUUCCGCCAAAGCAGGCCGAAAAGGUGCGUGUUGGAGGAGGGCGAUCGCCAGAGGCUCAUAAGCACAUUUGCCUCGAGGGCCAUCGCCGCCCACAAGCUGUGCGCCACCAACGGCUCGCUGCGCUGCAACCUGCCCAAGUCGGCAAGUAACAUCACCUUCCUGUCUGACGAGAACCCGCUGACCACCACCAACCCGCUGUACAGCGAGGAGACUCUGAGCAGCCCCGACACUGGUGGGUCCCAGAGGAGGAGGGGCGUACUGGCGAGGCAGGGUCUCAGGGACGCCUUCAAGUUCCCAUCGGGCGCGUCGGGCAACUCUUGGACGCUUCCGUCCAGGUUGCACCGGAGGCAGGUGUACGAUACCCUCCGGCGACAGGUGGUCAUGGACCCUUCCCAGUGGGAGACUCGGCUCACCAAAGUGGAGCUGAAGGAUGACGGAGAGCAGCCGGAUGCCUGCGAUGCGCCGGGGGACGAGGGCGCCGAGACCAAGUUGUCGGUCAGAGAGCAGGCGCGUCACUUCGAGCAGCAGGCCAUGCAGGACACAAAGCAGCGGUCGGGUCGUGACUCCAGAGGCUCGCUGUCUUCCGACUUCCUGCUCUCGGCCCUCGACUGCCCCGCGGCUCCGCUCUCCCCGAGCUCCGCUCUGGGCAAGGAGGGGCCCCCUUGCAUUAUCAUCACUCAGAGCGACGACAGCCCCCCUCCGACACGCAAGCCCACCCCUCCGGUGCUGCGCAAGCUCAGCACCGGCUUCUCCAGCCUCAAGGUGGUGGAGCCUUACGAAAUCAAAUUAGAGAUCAUCCCUGACCCUCCCAAUGUCCCUCCUCCUCCUCCUCCCCCUCCUUCUCCUCCACCUCCGACUUUGCCGCUGCCGCCGCCACCCCCUUCUCCUCCGUCUUCUCUGCUAUCCAGUCCUCCACCUUCUCCAGCCCCACACGUGUCUCCAGCUCGCGCCAACCCACCCCCACCCCCUCCUCCGCCGCUUCCGCCCUCAUCUCCCCGCUCGACGUUCCCCACUCCGUCCUCUCCGUUCGUCCUUCCCCCACUGCCCUCGGUGUCGUCCCUCCGUCCGGUUUCCCAGCGCAACGCGCUCCCACCCUCCCCUUCCAAAGCCCAGCUGGAGACCCCCAGAAAGGAGUUGAAGGGGAUCCUGAGGAACAUCCAGAACAUAGCUGACAUAGAGAAAUCCAUUGCCAACAUGUACAGUCAAAUAGACAAGAAACAGAAGGCGCCAAAGAGCAUCCCGAAGCCGCAAGUGUCCGUGGAAGCGGAGGGGGGUGCCGAGGAGCCUCCGCCAGAGCCUUGCGAGGAGCAGGCCAAGCCAAUGCCCAACCUCAACGGUGUUGUGGAGGAGCUCGAGAAGCGCUUCCCGUCUCAGUCAACCCUCCUCUGA